CGCGUCCUUUGCGCAUGCGCCUAGCCGCUAGAAGGGCGGGGAUCGUAGAAGCACUGCGCACGCGUCCUAUCCCGAAACGGGAUAGGAAAGCGUCUAGCCGCGCGAGCUCUACUCAUGCGCCGCUGGGAAAGGGUGAAGGAGGGGCAGGCACAGCACUGGUAGGGUCCCCAAGAUGCCCGGAAUGGUGAUGUUUGGGAGACGCUGGGCUAUCGCUAGUGAUGACUUUGUUUUUCCGGGAGCCUUUGAACUUUUCAUCAGAAUGAUCUGGUGGAUUGGAAUUCUUGUUUUGUACUCCAUUCACAAAGGGAAAUUUAACUGUGCUGGAGGGGGAUUAUUGCACAGCUACCUGCUUGUCCUCCUCAUUCUCCUGGCUGCCAUAAUAUGCGCUGUAUCUGCUAUUGUGUAUAUCAGUAUGCAAGGAACAAUUUCUAACCCUGGGCCAAGGAAAUCUCUUCCUAAAUUGCUUUAUACUCGGCUAGGUCUUUAUAUCCCAGAAUUGGUCUGGGCAGUUGUGGGAGCUAUAUGGGUGUCGGACACCGAUGUACGUUGUGAAAGGACUGUGGUAAAUGUCGUAUUUGGGACAGUUAUUGCAAGCUGGGUUAUCAUCAUCUUUACCAUCGUUGCAGUUGUAAUUGUCUUUGAUCCACUUGGGGGGAAAAAGACACUGUACCUGGCUGAUGAUAUAAAUCGCAACUUGGAAAGCAGUCAAUCAGGUCAAUUGUUUUAUAAUGUCAAGAAGACCGCAACCAGAGUGUGGGAGACGAGAAUCAGGUUACUGUGUUGUUGUAUUAUGCAAGAUGAUGAUCACCGAGUGGCUUUUACAAGUAUUGCAGAGCUUUUCCGCACCUACUUCUCAGACACUGAUCUGGUGCCUAGUGACAUAGCAGCAGGCUUGACCCUGCUCCAUCAAGAGCAAGAUAAAGUGGAAAACUGCCCAAAAGAGCCUGAAGAAGUCCUGUGUCAUUCCCACCUAUCCCAUGUGACUGAUGAUUUGGAUAUUGAAUUAGAAAAUGCUGCUCACUACAUGCAGUUUGCUGCAGCUGCUUAUGGAUGGCCUUACUACAUAUACACUAACCCAUUUACUGCACUCUGUAAGCUUAAUGGUGACUGUUGCAGAAACAGCCCAACAGAUUCUGAUAUAAUUGGCGGUGAUCGUCUUAACUUUCACUUUGGGUCCAUCCUAAAAAUAACAGGGCUGCAGUACAGAGAUUUCAUUCAUAUCAGCUUUCAUAACAAGAUUUUCGAGAUCCCAUUUUUUGUUGCUUUGGAUCACAAAAAGGAGGCUAUUGUGGUUGCAGUGAGAGGAACCUUGUCUUUUGAGGAUAUCCUCACUGAUCUGUCAGCAGAGUGUGAAGACCUGACGCUUGAAGACGUUCUGGAAAAUGGUUUUGUACAUAAGGGGAUAACUCAAGCAGCAAAUUACAUCUACAGAAGGCUAAUAAAUGAUGGCAUUUUAAACCAGGCUUUCACCAUUGCUCCUGAAUAUAAACUAGUUAUAGUUGGUCACAGUUUAGGUGGUGGAACAGCUUCCAUAUUGGCCAUCAUGCUCAGAAACUCCUUCCCAACAUUAAGAUGUUAUGCCUUUUCUCCUCCAGGAGGAUUGUUAAGCAAAUCACUUGCAGACUACUCUAAAUGCUUCAUUGUAUCAGUCAUUGUUGGAAAGGACCUUGUUGCAAGGUUAAGUAUGCCCAACAUGGAAGACCUGAAGAGACGGAUAGUGAGAAUAGUUGCUAAUUGUAACAGGCCGAAGUACCAGAUCCUGCUGUAUGGGUGUUGGUAUGAAGUGUUUGGAGGAGAUCCAGAUAACUUUCCAACUGAGUUAGAUGGUAGAAGUCAAGAUGCCCUAACCCAGCCUCUUCUAGCUGAAGAGAGUUUAAUGAUGCAUCGGUCACCUUCUUACAAUGCCAUUGAGGAUGAAUCUCCUUUAGAUGCUCCACCUCAGUAUCCUCAUCUUUAUCUCCCAGGAAAAAUCAUCCAUAUUGUAGAAGAAACCAGCUCAAGAAGGUGGUGUUCUUCUGAUGUUAAAUAUACUGCAAGAUGGUCAAAAGAAACAGCCUUUAGCAAUAUUUUAAUAAGUCCCAAGAUGAUAACGGAUCACAUGCCAGAUGUUGUGCUCAAAGCCCUGAACAACUUGACUGAGGAAAAAGCAUCUUGUAUUACCUGUCAAAUAGAAGGAGACUUUCACACCAACACAGUAUGACUAAGAGAACAGCCCUAUUUUUUUUCUUUAGGCUUCAAGUAUUCAGGAGCCUUUAACCUCAGACUUAAGUGGUGGUGUGGGGUUUUCUUGUUUGUUUUUAACAUGCCUAAAAUAGAAACUGUGGAGGGAUUGUCUUGGUGAUGGUCAUAAUGCAUUUUACUCUGCAGAGGUUCUGCAAAAGUAAACAUUACUGGCUAACUGUAAUAAAAUGAAUGUAUUCAGGAUUUUGACAGAAGCAGAUAUGACCUUUCUGGAAAUGGAACAGUAAGAUGAGUCUUAGCCAGCUACAUGUAAAUUACUGUACAUUUCAUUUUACAGCUUGAAGGAUUCAGAUAAACUGAGAACACAAUUCAUAGGGAGAUUGAGCUAGAGCAGAGGAACCAUGACACCUAAAUUGUAGCUCUGCCACAGACUUGCUAUGUUAUCUUGAGCAUGUCACUUAACUUCCAUUGUGCCUCAGUUUCAGAUGUGUAAAAUGAGGGUAUUACCCAUCUUUGCGAAGCAUUGAGAUUCUUGGGUGUAAAAGCACAGUAUUAAUAUUUAUUAGAAAUGGACACUGCCAGUAGGAAGUUUCAUUAAAGGAAAUGGGUAGUAAAUGAUGGUGCAGUUGCAAAUCUAGUGCAGAGAGAGGGUUUAAAUUAAAAAAAAAAAUGAAGUUUUCUAUUUUGUUUUUAAACAGCCAGUCUUGAUUGCACUAGUUACCAUGGAGAUAUUUUCAAAAAGUGUUUCAUUUAUUUCAUGACAAUUUUCUAAUAUUGGAUCUCUUGUUUUUAAAAAUGCUGCUUGGAUACAUGUGCAAUAUUUUUUGUAUCUGUUUACAUUCUUCGAGUGACUGCUCAUGUGUAUUCCACAGUAGGUGUGCGUGCUUGCUACAUGCACUGGUGCCAAAGUUUUUCCCUCAGCAGUACCCAUAUGGGGGGAGCACUGCUGUGACCUCUGGAGUGGAGUGUCUAUAUCCUUCUGGCCGCCAGUGAAGGUAGUCAGAACUUUGUGCUCCAGCUCUGCUGCAGCCUUUUCUUCUCAACCUUAGUGGUACCGUUCGUGGAUUGUUUCUUCAAUUGUUGGAGUGGGCUCAGGGCAUGUGAGUGGGCCCUCAGCGUUGGAGUGGGCUCCUACUUGGUCGGGCAGGCUCCUUUACGCUUUCCCACUGUUUCCCCUGAGCGACAAGGUCCUGCAAAAAAAAAAAAGCAGACAAGGCGAGAGUCAUCCUCAAACCCAGGGGUGGGCCCUCCAGCACUGUUACAGGCCCCUCCUUUGCCUCUUGGCAGCACCCCUGAGGACACUGCCUAGACCUCCUCUCCCAGGAUGGGGGGGCUGCCGCCUCCAUCCCAAUCUAGCUGUGCUCCACCUGACAGUGUGGUUGCUCCAUGGCUAGAGGAGGAGGAUGGCAGGUGUUCAGAGCAGGUAAGAUAGGGCCUCCUGGAAAGUAGGAAGCUGUCUAUGCCCUGGAUGUAUGUGGUGAAGUGGUCCAAGUUCUCCAAGUGGGUGAAUGAGUGGGGAAUUUUCCCCUCCUCUGCAUGUCUCUAUCUUAUUCUGGACUAUCUCCUGUCCCUUAGGGUCAAAGGACUGGCACCUGCUUCAAUCAGGGUACAGCUGGUGGCCAUAUCGGCCUUCCACCCACCGGUGCAAGGGCACUUGGGUGGUCACAGAGUGGGAGAAGACAGUUUCCUGAAUGGCCUUGACCAUUCAUUUCCGUAUGCUAGAUGACCCACCCUGUGCCACAAUGGGACCUAAAGCUCAUUUUGUCCCGACUUACAGGGCUGCCCUUUGAACCCCUGGCGAUGUGUUCCUGGUCUCUCCUCUAGUGGAAGGUGGCCUUCCUUGUAGCGAUCAUGUUGGCCCAGCGGGUCUCGGAACUUAGGGCUGUGACCUCAGAACCUCCCUAUAUGGUCUUCCAUAGGGAUAAAGUCCAGCUUCACCCACACCCAGAGUUCCUCCUGAAGGUGGUCUCCACCUUUGAUAUGGAACAGAGUAUCUUUCUCCCUGUGCUCUGUCCUAAGCCCCAUUCCUCCAAUGAGGAGCACCGCCUCCACACAUGCCAUGUGCAUAGGGCACUGGCCUUUUAUCUGGAACAGACUAAGCUGUUCUGGAAAUCCUCACAACUUUUUGUUGCCUCGGCUGAGCAGGUGAAGGGGCAACCUGUCUCCAACCAGCCUCUUUCCUGCUGGAUCACCUCAUGCAUAUGCAUGUAUUACAAUCUAGCAGGGGUUCCCCUGCCACCGAUCGUUAGGGCACAUUCUACAAGGGCUCAGGCCUCAUCAGCUGCCUAUGUAGCCCAUGUCCCUAUCCAAGACACUUGAAGGGUGGCCAGUUGGGCCUCAGUUCAUACAGUUACUUUGCAUUACAUGAUUGUCACCCAGUCUAGUGAUGAUGCCGGAGUCGGCAGGGCAGUACCCGUCCUGGUCUAUCAUGAACUCCUACACACCUCCAACAGAUAUUGCUUGGAAUCACCUAAUGUGGAAUACACAGGAGCAAUCACGCAAAGAAGAAAGGACAGUUACCUGUUCUGUAACUGGAGUUCAAGACGUGUUGCUCAUGUCUAUUCCACACCCCACCCUCCUUCCCCGCUGUCAGAAAUGUCCAGCAAGAAGGAACUGAGGGGUGGGGGGAAGAGUGCACAGCUCCCCUUAUAGCGUGAUAUACAGGCACCACUCCAGGGGUUGCCGCAGUGCUCCCCCAGAACAGAUACUGCUAAGGGAAAAACUUCUGGCACCGGUGCACAUGCCAAGCAUGCACACCUACUGUGGAAUAGACAUGCACAACAUCUUGAAGAACACCAGUUACAGAACAGGUAAUUGUCCUUUUUCAAACCUAAAGGACUCAUUUUAAAAUGUCAGAAUCCCAAAAUACGUUCUUAAGGGAGUGACAGGCAAGAACCAUUGUACCUUUUCUACACUAGAUCCAGCCUGAGACUAAUGAGACUUUGACUCUUACCUUCCAUACAUUUGGUUUAGUUGGACAGUCUACUUAAGAAACCUUUGCAAGUACCUAUUUUGCCACUCCAUUUAAAUUGAUUGUAUGGUGAAUAUCUGAUUAAACGUGGUUGCUUUGUAAAAAGCAUAUGUUGCUUGUCAGAGACAGUCCCUUAUUGUACCUUUUUUAAAAAAAAAAAAGUCAGAAUUUGUGUAUUGGGGUAGUGGAAGUUUGUUUGGCUAGUCCUGCUGUGCCCCUUCCCGCAGGGACAAAAUAAAAUCUCAGAAUGUGUCUCUUUGAGUGUGCUCAUGCAAGUGUAUGUGUAACACCCAGCACAAGAAAGUUAUGAUUUGUAUAUAAAAAGCAAUGCAGUCUAUGGCUGUUGUGCUACAGCACCACUUUACGUACUUAGAGUGUAAUUAUUUACACUGCCAAGACAACCCCCUCACUUCAUGCUAUGCCCGGUCUAGUGCACUUUGAUCUAUUGCUGUUUGAAGUAUCAGUGCACUAGGGAACUUCUGGUGGCAGGCAUACUAACUUGUCCUUUAGCCCUGUCUUAAGUAUCACCAUCAGUUUUAAUCUGAUUUUUGAUGCCUGUAGUACUAGAACAAAGGCAAGACGCUUCCUUUGAUUUUUCCUCUCAAGGGUGAAGUUUAAUCCCUGCUUGUAAGAAUUCCUAUUAACUGUCCCUGUGCACAUCCCAGUAGCAGUCUUUCUGAGCAGCAAGGC